UCUGUAUGACAUACAUGAGGUACAGCGAAAAAAUCGAGAGGUACACGAGGACUUGACGAUCUCUCGAGAAUGAGUUGUGAAGUGAAUUUGGAAGUCAGUCUCUGGAUUAUUGUUGUGACGAGCGGUUGAUUUAAACGGCGUGGAGUGGUUACGACAAAAGCCACCAACAGAUUCCAGAGCAGGAGGUCACGUAAAGUAAAGGAGGUGGAGGAUGAAAGCACCGAUUCGGAUGGGAAAACAUCAUCUUGCAAUGAAAAUUCAUCGGAGGAAAGUGAUACCUAUCUGUCCGCGACAGCUUGGUUGCUGACGUUAGAACUCUACAGUACUACAAUCCUGCGAAGCCGUUAAUAAUUGAAUGCGAUGCAAGUUGCUUUGGGCUAGGAGUUGCAGUCUAUCAGGAUGAAGGAAUAAUUGGAUAUGCAUCAAGAACGUUAACUACCACUGAACGAAAUUACGCGCAGAUCGAAAAAGAAUUGUUGGCGAUACUAUUUGCGUGUAUUCGUUUCGACCAGCUCGUGGUUGGAAAUCCGAAAACAAUUGUGAAAACCGAUCACAAGCCUUUGAUCAGCAUCUUCCGGAAACCCUUACUGUCUGCCCCAAGAAGAUUACAACAUAUGCUGCUCAAUCUUCAACGUUAAAACCUGGUGAUACAGUUCGUGACUGGAAAGGAAAACGUCGUGGCCGAUGCGCUUCUCGGGCACCAUUCGAUGACGAAGCAGUAAAGGAUGAGUAUAAAAAGCUGCACAUUUACAAAGUGUUUGAAGAUAUCGAGUAUUUAGAACUUACAAAAUUUCCUAAUAUAUCGGAUAGUUGCCUAAGCGAAAUAAUGAGCGAAACCAUGAAGGAUAAUUCCAUGCAGAAACUUAUCACUUUUGUUCAACAGGGUUGGCCUAGAUCAGUUGAUCGAGUACCACACGAGAUCCGUGUAUUCUACGGUUAUCGGGAUGAGUUAUCCGUUCAGGGUGGCAUUAUUUUUCGACAAGAUCGGAUCCUCGUUCCGUAUGCAUUACGUCGUAAAAUGAUUGAGAAAUGUCACGUUAGCCACAAUGGGUGUGAAGCUACUUUCAAACUGGCUAGAGCAAAUCUGUGCUGGCCAGGCAUGAGCAACCAAAUCAAGAACAUCGUUAAGAACUGCCCAGUCUGCACAAAAUUUGCGUCGUCACAACCAAAUCCACCUAUGAUGAGUCAUCAAAUUCCCAUCUAUCCGUUCCAGUUGAUUUCGAUGGAUGUCUUCUUUUGCGAGUUUCGUGGUCGUAAACAAAAGUUCCUGAUCACUGUCGACCACUAUUCAGAUUCUUUUGAGGUAGAUGUCCUAAGAGAUUUGACGCCGGAGUCGGUUAUUGUAGCAUGCAGUAGAAAUUUUGCUCGACAUGGAAAGCCACAAACUAUGUUGACGGAUAAUGGGACAAACUUCGUUAACCAGAAAAUGAAAAAGUUCGCGCUAGAAUGGGACAUUGAACACAUCACUUCAACUCAUCACCACCAGCAGGGAAACGGCAAAUCAGAGGCGGCCGUAAGGAUUGCAAAGCGUUUACUGAAAAAUUCAGAGGACCGGAACCGACUUCUGGUAUGCACUAUUACAUUGGAGAAAUACUCCAAAUAA